UAAUAAUUAUAAGAACACAACUACCCAGCCAUUUAUUCCCAAGAUUCUUCGCAGUCUCCGACUCUCUGUUCUUUCAAGCCACGUUGAAUUGUCACUCGUUUAUUGUUUCACCGAACCAGUCACUCCUUAUCUCUCAUUCUUUUACCUAGACUUCAGACCCUUGCAAGUCAUAUACGAUGGUCCAGUGCAAAUCCCUCCUGGUGACGUUGGCGGCCGCAUCGGUUGUUGUUGCUGGUCCUUGCAAGCCCAGCACCACCAGCCCAGUCCUCAGCACCACAACAGCAAUCGAAGAGACUGGCAGCAUUGAAACAUCAACUGUUAGCAGUACCACCGCCGUUGAUACUACCACCAUUGCGACCACUACAACGAUAGAGGCCGACACCACUACAAAUGCAAUUGAACAGACUUCCAGCACCGAAGCUUCCCCGGUCGUGGACACCACUAUUGUUGAUACUUCUACCGUCGAGGCCACUACAACUGCUGCCCUCACGAAAACGACUGCAGAGGCUGAUGCCACGACUACAACCACAGUCGCAGAGACAACUACUACUGCGCCCUGCGCCGCGGCGCCGACAGCCUGCGGUAUCUACGGGUACUUCGUCACUGGCAAUACGCUGCAGUACAUCACGAGCCCAGGGACAAAGGAUACUGCCAAAGAUUGCGUGCAGGCCUGUGCUGAUUAUCCUGGGUGCGAUGUCGCCAACUUCUACUACCAAGUCGCCCCAGGAUACGAGAAGGGCGUUUGCGAGUUUUACAAGGGUACAGUUAAGACGGAUGGCCAGGUGACUCCAUACCAAUGGUAUCAGGUCUGCUGCUUGGCCGAUAUGUAAUGGGGGUUGAUGCUUCUCUCAUCAUUGUCGCUGAGAGCUUGAACCAGCGCAGAGAACUUAGCUUCUCUUCACCUGAGUAUCAAACAGGAAUAGAUCCAUAGUAUCGUCCCUUGGUGUUUUAUGAGGAGCUUAAUACAUUCUUAAGAUAAAGCUACCUGCUCAAAAUAAUAUGCUAGCCUUGCAAUUUGCCAGAGAUUACCAACCCAAAGUACCAGAUAGAAUACACAGCAAUCCCAACUAUGGUUUGCGACUUACAAC